UUGUGUGUGGAGGAUAAGGGCCGGGCCGGUCCGGGCCCAUGCAGGAAUGCUCGCACUUUCUAUUGGGCCCCCAGUAGAAGGCGCAGGCCCAGUAAACGAAACAAAAACCCUUGCCUUGCCGACUGGGUGAAACCAACCAAAGUCUCCCCCGUCGCCUCCCUCCAACCUCGCCGCGAUGCUGCGCUCCUCCGCUCGCCUCCUCCGCAAGCUGCGCGGAGUGGAAACCGCGGCGGCGCGACGGCUCUCCGGAGCAGACGCCUCGGCCUCCGCCUUGCGCGGCACCUCGCUCCUGCGCCCUCUCCCCGGCCUGGACCUCCCUCCGUGCCUCCCCGACCAGCUUGGCCGCAGCCCCACCAGGAUCACCACGCUACCCAACGGCAUCCGCGUCGCCUCCGAGGACGUCCCGGGGCCUUCAGCGUGCAUUGGGGUGUUCGUAAAUUCUGGUUCGAUUUACGAGACCGGGGAGUCCACCGGCGUCUCACAUCUGCUGGAGAAGCUGGCCUUCAAGGACACCGCGCACCGGAGCCACCUGCAGAUUGUGCAGGAGCUUGAGGCCGCCGGAGGAAACGUCGGCGCCUCCGCGUCCAGGGAGCAGAUGGUAUACAGCUACGACACGCUCAAGGCCUACCUGCCACAGGCCGUCGAGGUGCUUGUCGACUGUGUGAGGAACCCGCUGUUCCUCCAGGACGAAGUCGAACGGCAGCUGGCCCUUGCUCGAGAAGAGGUCCAGGAGCUACAAAAGAAUCCGGAGAAGUUUCUUAACGAAACACUCAACCUUGUUGGGUAUACAGGUGCUCUUGCAAAUCCGCUAAUAGCUCCCGAGGAUGCUCUUGCGAUAAUCAAUGGCAACAUCAUUCAAAAGUUCUAUCAUGAAAAUUUUACUGCCAACCGCUUGGUCCUAGCAGCAUCAGGUGUUGAUCAUCAAAACUUGUUAGACAUUGCAGAACCUUUAUUGUCUGAUUGGCACAAGGGGUCCCCAGUGGAAAAGCCAAAGUCUACAUAUGUCGGUGGUGAUUCCAGACACAAAACAGAUUCAGAUAUGACACAUGUUGCAUUAGCUUUUGAAGUGCCAGGGGGCUGGCUUCAAGAGAGAGAUGCUACAAUUAUGACCGUCAUGCAGACUUUAAUGGGUGGUGGUGGUUCAUUCUCCUCUGGUGGUCCUGGAAAAGGGAUGCAUUCACGGCUUUAUCUGCGGGUCCUAAAUAAAUAUCAUUCUGUCCAAUCUUUUUCAGCAUUUAGUAAUGUAUAUGAUAAUAGUGGACUCUUUGGUAUCUACUUGACAACGCCGUCAGAUUUUGUUGCAAAGGCUAUUGAUGUUGCGAUAAAUGAGUUGAUUGCUAUUGCAACGCCUGGAGAAGUGACAGAGGUUGAGCUGAAACGAGCGAAAAACUCAACGAUUUCAUCCGUGUUAAUGAAUCUUGAAUCCAGGGUAAUUGUUUCAGAAGAUAUAGGAAGGCAGUUUUUGACUUACGGUUGCAGGAAGCCUAUUGAUCACUUCCUUCAAUGUAUGGAUGAAAUGACUCUAGAUGACGUUACAGCAUUUGCCCGGAAGAUGUUAGCUUCGCAACCCACAAUGGCUAGCUGGGGAAAUGUCGACAAAGUUCCUCCAUAUGAAUUUGUUUGCAAGCGGUUGCAAUAGUACCCCUACACAAUGACCUCUGGUGGACAUGAAGAAUCCUUCGUGGAGUUUUGUUUUUAAUGAUGUUGUAAUGGGCGCCUAUGCCUAGCUCAGAAUCAGCCUAGGCCUAGCCCUACAAAUGAAUGGAGUUAGGAUUUUAGCAGCUACGUUCAAGUCCAAUUGUUCAAACAGCAUACACAGACGAAUGGAACAAGGUCGACAGGAAUGAAAUUUUGCAAAGUUUGUUUGCAGCAAAUUAGCCAUUCCUCCAUGAUGCAUCUGUGCUUUUAUUGUCAUGUUUACAUCGAUUUCAUUAUGGUAGUGGAUAGUGGUGGUAGCUGGCUGUUCAAUUGUCAAAAACCUAUAUAUGAUCUCUUCGUGGCAAAGUUUACGUUGGUUUAUCUGGAGUGGCUGGAUAGACCAGAUUCUUG